AUGGAUGAGACUUUAAUUGCUACCAUUAAUAAGCUUCAGGAUGCGUUAGCACCAUUAGGUGGAGGAUCUUCUUCACCAGUUGACUUACCUCAAAUAACCGUCGUUGGUUCACAAUCUAGUGGUAAGUCGUCUGUAUUAGAAAAUAUCGUUGGAAGAGAUUUCUUACCCAGAGGUACAGGUAUUGUUACUAGAAGGCCUUUGGUUUUGCAGUUAAUCAAUAAGAGAUCGUCGCCAAAACCAUCUAAGGAUUUAUUGGAGAUUCAUACGACUACUGAUAAAGGAGAGACGUCUGAAAACAACGCUGAUGAAUGGGGUGAAUUCUUACACUUGCCAAAUAAAAAGUUCUAUAAUUUUGAAGAAAUUAGAGAGGAGAUCGUUAGAGAGACCGAUGCCAAAACUGGUAAGAACUUAGGUAUUUCAGCAGUCCCAAUUAAUUUGAGGAUUUAUUCGCCCCAUGUCUUGACUUUGACAUUAGUGGAUUUACCGGGUUUAACUAAGGUUCCAGUAGGUGACCAACCAAAAGAUAUUGAAAGACAAAUUAGAGAAAUGCUUAUGAAGUUUAUUUCCAAGCCUAAUGCUAUUAUAUUGUCUGUCAAUGCAGCUAAUACUGAUUUAGCUAACUCUGAUGGAUUAAAAUUGGCAAGAGAAGUGGACCCAGAAGGUUCAAGAACUAUCGGUGUUUUAACUAAGGUUGAUUUGAUGGAUCAAGGUACUGAUGUGAUUGAUAUCUUGGCGGGUAGAGUCAUUCCGUUAAGAUUUGGUUACGUCCCUGUAAUAAAUAGAGGUCAAAAAGAUAUUGAAGGGAAGAAGACUAUCAGGGAUGCGUUACAGGAUGAAAGUUCAUUUUUUGAAAAUCAUCCAUCCUAUAAGGCAAAGGCUCAUUACUGUGGUACACCAUAUUUGGCAAAGAAAUUGAAUGGUAUCUUAUUGCACCAUAUCAAGGGUACCUUGCCAGAUAUUAAGAUGAGAAUAGAACACUCUUUAAAGAAAUAUCAAAAUGAAUUGAGUUUAUUGGGACCAGAAAUGUCGGAAUCCCCAACAUCGAUCGCUCUUAACAUGAUCACAAAUUUCACCAAAGAUUACAAUGGUAUUUUGAAUGGUGAAGCCAGAGAAUUAACGUCGCAAGAAUUGAGUGGUGGAGCUCGUAUCUCCUUUGUGUUCCAUGAAAUUUUUAAAAAUGGUAUUACUUCAUUAGAUCCAUUUGACCAAAUUAAAGAUGCGGAUAUUAGAACUAUCAUGCACAAUACUUCGGGUUCCGCUCCAUCCUUAUUCGUUGGUACCCAAGCAUUCGAAGUCCUCGUCAAACAACAAAUCCACAGAAUGGAGGACCCAUCCAUCCGUUGUAUUAAUUUAAUUUUCGAUGAAUUGGUCCGUAUUUUAUCUCAGAUUAUUUCCCAACCGCAAUAUUCGCGUUACCCAUCAUUAAAGGAACAAUUAUCUCAACAUUUCAUUCAGUUAUUAAGAGAGGAAUUAAUCCCAACCAAUAAGUUUGUGACUGACAUAAUCAAGUCGGAAGAGACUUAUGUCAAUACCGCUCAUCCUGAUUUAUUAAAGGGUUCUCAAGCUAUGGCCAUAGUUGAAGAAAAAUUCCAUCCAAAACCACAAGUGGCAGUUGAUCCUAAAACCGGUAAACCAUUACCUCCAUCUCAACAAAAUCAAGCCCUGCCACAGCCAAAAGAAGAAGGAGCAAACGGAUUCUUCGGUGGUUUUUUCUCUUCUAAGAACAAGAAGAGAUUGCAAUCUAUGGAAGCACCUCCACCAGUCUUGAGAGCUACGGGAAGCAUGACUGAAAGAGAAACUAUGGAAACUGAAGUCAUUAAGUUAUUGAUUUCUUCUUAUUUCAACAUCGUGAAGAGAACGGUUGCCGAUGUUGUUCCAAAGGCGAUAAUGUUGAAGUUAAUUGAAAGAUCGAAGGAAGAAAUUCAAAAGGAAUUAUUGGAGAAGUUAUACAAUUCCCCUGACUUAGCUGAUUUAGUUAAAGAAAAUGAGUUAACCGUUCAAAAGAGAAAGGAAUGUUUGAAGAUGGUUGAUGUGUUGAAAAAUGCUAGUGAGAUUGUUUUGAGUGUUUAA